GUUUCUUUUUCUUGAUGAGCCGUUAACGUUUGCUCGGGACUACCCCAAGCAAAUAAAUGCAUGCUGUACGGGAGCUGUUGCAUGGUUGCUUUUGCAUGCAGUAGCAUGUGCGAAGCAUCUGUGUUUGUGGAUUGAGCUUGUUGCAUUUUCUCGGUGAUUCGAGCGAACUAGCGCUGAACAAUUUCAAAACAGACUGGACGCUUUAUCGAGCGUCGGCUUUGAACCUGGCAGCCACAUUGUAGCGUUGGCGUCGUAUGAUAAAUGGGGCACAACCGCACCCAGCUAUUGCGGUUCUUGUGAAGUGUAAAGUUUCUUUUUUUUUUGCCAUGUGAGGCGCAUCGCAGGCGACAAACUGGUAGCGCAUUCUGCCUGUGCAAAUAUUGAAGAUAUUAUGAGUAUACUUCGCUGUGUAUACUUCAAGUGAGUUUGAUUUGCAGUUUGCAGGGAAUUACUGGUGCAUACUAGUGCAUGUAAAAAUACCGAAUAGAGAAUGUUUCGCAAAUGUGCAUGCGUUCGGCUUAGUACACCUACCCAUUUGUGCCACGAACAUUAUGAAGAGCUCACUUAGCUUGCCCGACUUGCAGGCAUGGGCACAGGGCUGUUCUGGGAAAGAAAUCUUCGUGCAUUACAUCAUAUGCUAAUCGCAGUUUUCUGCGGAAUAUGCAACAGAACUGGUCUUGGGCCGAACUGUCCGCUUUCCUUGUACCAAAUUUCAUAUUGAGUUACUGUUGCAAAAGUGCAAAAAAAGCUUGUAGUGCUUUUGUUUGAGUAACUGCAUGUUGAUACUCUAAUCUGAAUAAAGAGAACAAAAAGUGUCGGUUAUUAACAUGCAUGUUAAUGUUACCUUAACGCGCUUGCAUUCUUUUUGCAUCAUUUGCCUAAUCAGAUAUUCACCCUGCAUUAGGAUCGCAUGUGGUAACUGAGCUACUUCAAUGCCUUUGUCAGGGGGAUUGAGAAGAACGUGCUAUGUGCAAGGGCUGAACUAUGGUCAUUAUGUGUUUCUGGUUGCAUUGAUUGGUUGGACUGAAUGCAUGUGGGGGCCAGUUGCCCCUUCCUCUCCGUCUGCCUUUUUCUUCCGGGACCACUGUUCUCUGGUGUAUGCAGUACCCCUCAGUGAAAGACUGUUCCACUUUAACAACUACAUUUGCAAAUUUUUUUUUCACAGCCAUUUUCCAGACAAAUGCCACUUGAUCCAGCAGUUAUUCUUGCCUGGCUGGCUCCCCGGUGGCAUAGAGGGGGCUCUGAGUGGGCUGUGGCUCGAUGAUGCGCAAUGCUGGGCGCACAGUGGGCGGCACCCUGCGGUCAGCAGGCAACAGUGCCCUGCCCCAGGGGCUGAGUGCCCUGCAGCAGAGAAGCCGUGCUGGUCAGGAAAGCAUCUUUGCACCGCUCAAAAAGGACUCUUCUCGCACAGCCGGCACACCAGGCGCAACACGCACGCGCACAAACAGGCCCAUGUCUACCACUCGUUCUGACCCGGUGAACAAGGAGAACAUGCUUUCCCGAGGCACCGCUGGUGCCCGAAAGUGUAGCAGCAUCAAGUCAUCCUCAAGCAAAGACAGCCUGGACUCCAAUGGCCAGACAAAAGAGCACAAGAAGCUUCAUUCUGGGCCAGCACAGCCCACGGUGGGCACUCAGACGUCGGAGAGUGCAGGCAAGGCAUCCCCCACGACAAUCUUGCAGCUGGAGCGGGAAAAGAGCUUGCUGGAGCAGCAGGUCUCUGAGUUGGUGCGCAAUGCAGAGAGCAAGAAAGCCGAGAUUGCCACCCUGCGCAUGGAGAUAAAACAUCUCAAGCAGGAGAGCUCUGGGGGCAGCCGCCAGUUGGAGGCCCUCCAGCUGGAGAACUGCAGCCUGCGUGAACGGCUGGUCCAGCUGGGUGUAGAACCUGCUGAGGCCUCAGGCAAGCAGGAUCCGUUGCAGAGGUCAGCCUCGGCAGGCAGCCUUGAUGGCACUCGAGAACAGGCCAAAUCGGUGGAUGGUGCCCUGUCUGACGAUGCCUGCCCCAGCGGCAGCCGACUGGACUGGGACAAGGCCAGCACCAGCAGCAUGAGUGAAAUGUCGGUCGCCUGCCUCCAGGACCGCAUCAUGCAGAUGGAGGAGACCCACUACAGCACCAAUGAGGAGCUCCAGGCGACACUUCAAGAACUGACUGACCUGCAGGACCAGCUGACCGACCUUCAGCUGGAGAAUGAGCGCUGCUGCGAUGAGAAGGCGCUUCUGCUUGAGUCACUCUGCUCCCAGACUGAGAAGCUGGAAGAGUGCCGGUCGCACAAUGACCACCUGCGUGCACUGCUCUUUGGCCAUGGGUCCCCACCACCACCGCAGGCCUCGUCUUCAUCCUCACCGGCAGUGGCGCCACAGCUUUCCAGGGAGCAGCACUAUGUGGAGCUGCUCAAGAAAGCACAUGAAGAGCAGACAGUGUUGCGUGGACAAGUGGAACAGCUUCAGGCAUCGCUGGAAGGGGCCUCACGUGAAGCUCAGGACCACCAGCGAGACCUACAGGGCCUGGCUCAUCGAGUUUCCCUGCUGCAGGCAGCACUUGAGGCAUCCCAGUCCGCUUCUUCCUCCUCGUGCCCACAGGGGGAGGGUGAUAAUGCCACACCCAUUCAAGAUGGUGCAGCAGAGGCCUCCCCUGUCUGUUGUGUGGUGGACAGCAGCCAGCUAAGUCAUCGUGCCAGGCAGCAGCAGGAAGAGGAAGAGGAGCGGAAGCGGGAGGAAGCCUUGCAGGAGCAGCUGGCUGUGGCUCAGCGGGAGGCUGCCCGUCUCUCACAGCUGCUGGCAGAGGUGCAGGAGGAGACACAGGCCACCCAUGCUCAGGUUUCUGCACUGGAGCAACGUGUGGAGCAACUGGAAGCAGAGAAGGCACAAUUGAGUGAGGAGGCAGAAGCCCGUUGUCAGCGACUGCUAGAGGAGAAGCGGCAACUACGCGCCUCCCUCGCCGAGAUGAGCAACAGCCUGGCUGACAACUCGGCCCUGCUGGGAGCUGCACGUCGGGACCUCGAUGAUCUGCACUCACAGCACCUGCUUGAGAAAGAGGACUGGAAGCGCUUUGAGGCUGACCUGCUGACCACUGUACGAGUGGCCAACGACUUCAAGACAGAAGCCCAGCAGGAGGUAGAGCGUCUCCAGUGUGACAACCAGCAGCUGCAGGAGAAACUCGAGGCUUUGGAGGCCCAGUUGGCCAAGCUCAAGAGCAAGCAGGAGCUGUCGCCCAAGGCCCACUCUUCAUCAGGGGAUGGCCUCGUCGAUGGUGGUGGAAGCCAGGAGGGGGCACCACUGAGCACACCACCUCGUAGUAGCAGUACCGGAAGCAGCCGGCCACUGUCUAAAUGGAGUGACCUGCGCGCUGGCAGCAGCAGCAGCAACAGUGCCCAACACUCGGUUCGCAGCUUGAUUGAGUCCAUUGAGAAUGCCACGAAGCAAGCAAAAGGUCCAAGUAGCAGGAGUUCCUCCACCAGCAGUCUCAACAGUCUGGCCUCUGAUUCGAGGUCAGCAGUUGCAGCAGCAAAUGCACUGCUUCUGGGAAAUGCUGGCGACAUCUUGGCUAAGAGCCCGUUCAAGGUUCCUGAGAAAGUACGCCUCGCACCACGCCCUUCACCGCAACAGGCUAGCCAGCGCUCUGACUCUGCUGGGGACAGCACUGCUGACGUGCCAACUCGCACAGAGCCUGACAAGACGCACCCAGUCUCCAUCCUAGCCCACAAGCUGGAGCCCAUUCGUAGAAACAGCUGCAGUGACUUGUCAUUUGAAAAGAAGGAUCCACUAGCAUCACUGGUCAAGGGUGGAGGAUCAAAGCGCAAUGCCUUGCUCAAGUGGUGCCAAAACAAGACCAUGGGCUACAAGGGCAUAGACAUCACCAACUUCAGUAGCAGCUGGAAUGAUGGACUGGCCUUCUGCGCUCUCCUGCACACCUACCUGGGGGACAAGGUCCCCUACGACCAGCUUGAUAGCAAGGACAAGAGGAGAAACUUCAGCAUUGCAUUUGAAGCAGCAGAAUCAGCUGGGAUUCCAAGCACUUUGAAUGUCAAUGAACUUAUCUGCCUGGAGCGCCCGGACUGGCAGUCAAUCAUGGCUUAUGUGACGUCCAUCUACAAACACUUUGAGACCUGAGAGACUGGAAAGGAUCACAGCCGUUGUAGUAUUUCUGCCAAAGGAUUGCACACGCACAUUGACAGUGGACACUUGGUACAUUUUUUAGUGGUGUUAAACUGUGUUCUUGUUUGCUGCUUCUCCAGUACAAGUUUACAUUUGCAUGUCAGUGUUUUGGCAAAGGGACGUGCAAACUGCUGCCAUGUUCCAUGUUCAGAGUUCGGUGUCACAGCAUUUCUUGAGCUCUUUUGUAUCGUGGUGUCGAUUCUGACAGAUAGCCCAGUAAGUGCUCUCCAAGACCAGUGUUGAGAAUGUGUGUGGCAAUCUUUAAUAUUGUUCGCAGAAUCGCUCAAAUUGUCCAUUUUGAUAAAAACGCCAAAGAAAGCAUUUUGGCUGUUUAUUUUAUUCUCAGGAUUAGUGCCAGUGCUGUAGGGACACGCAUGCCCAAUUUUAUUUUGUGAGCAUUGUAGAAUGGUGAUCUAUAUUCACUUAAUGCCCAAUUGCAGUUACAACUUGAAAGUGCAAAGGGACUCUACCUAUUUUGCUGUUUCAUUGGCAGGGAGCUUUCAUUGUUGUUCUUUUCAAAGUAUUUUGUUCCAUUUCAUUUUUCCUGACCAUGAGAGAGUGGCCGCAUGAUACAUAGCUGGUGCGGCUCACGUCCAGUAUUCACUGCCCUCGUGGGUAGGACAUAAGAGCAGCUGUUGUUUCACGUAAUUCAUACCACAUAAUUUUUAACUUGCAUUUUGUGUAUGUUUGCCUCAGUGGCAUGAAGUUUACAACUCGUGUGUGUGUGUGUGCAUGUCGGUCAGAAAUGCUGCUUUUCUGCCCUCAGACCUUAUUUUUGUUUGUGUUAUGCAUUGCUUGCACAUACAUGCAGCCUGCAUCAUUGUCACAUGCUUCAUCUAUUUAUGAGACCAUCCUUACUAUUAUUGAUAAUUCUGUUGCUUAAAAAAUUAUAAAUGUUGGUGUCACAUGUACUGCUAUACCUUGAAUGUCGCUACUGCAAUGCUGGUGUGAUGCUGAUGUCAUUGACAUUACUUGCGAUCUAUGAAAUAUUCAAGUGUCAGUAAGGCUGAUUUGUUUGGUUAUUGUUGUAAAAUCAGUGAACUUAUUCAGUGCAAGUCUGUAAAAAGCAGUUCUAUAUUUUAUGCAACUGCUAAAACCCCAUUUCUUCAUUUUUUUUCUUCUCUGUUUCCUAACGUCGCGACUCUAUCUUUAUUUUGAGGGAAAAUAGUUAUCGAUAGUUUUCUAGUCUUGCAGUGUUUACUUUGUUUACUAUUGGUCAUUGCUUUCUUGGUUUAUUCAUUAUUCAAAGACCUGUGAAUUUUGGUGAGGCACUUUGUUGUGAAAAUGUCAAAAAGAAGAAGAUGAAAAGCUGUUCAAGGCCACCAUGAGAAGCACUUUCAUGGUGGUGCACUCCUGAUUUCAGUGCAUGAUGGUGUUUUUAUUGCUUUACACGCUGCACGUCAUUGGCAGCAGUCCAUUGAAGAUGAGCUUAAGAUUAACUUUUUUUGCUUAAAUACACGUGUAAACAAACAUAAAAAUACCUGUGUGCAUGCAGCAGUGCAAGAGGAAUGUUUUGAUCGCAGAAAGAAGGGAAUAGACGCAAACUGUUGAUUUCUUGGCCAUAUGAAACUGUGGGCACCUAACACAGCUAUCGCUAUGGUUAGGAAGCUUGUGAAACAGUUUUAUUUUGUAGCUCCUUAGUUCGAACGACUGUUCCUGUUUCAAAAUUUUUUCUUACGUACGGAAGCAUGAAAAUUAUUUGUAAAGACAUCCGAGAAAUGAUUCCCUGGUUAAGUUCUUUCGUUUACUUUCAUGUCUACAAUGUCGUAGAGGUUAAAAGAUCAGCUGUCGGCUACACCGCUGUUUUUGAGUGUAGCUUGAUAAAUCUCCGGUUUAUCAUAAAGUGUGUGUCGUGCUGUAGUUGGCAAAGAACAGUUCAGGGGCUUCAUUGAUGACAUUCCAAAGUUAAUGUGGUAUUUUUUAUAGUUUGUCAUCAGUGGCACAAGGUUGUCAGCUCACCACUGUGCGAACACUAACUCGUGGCUUCUUAAGCUCUUUGCCACAGUAGCAGCACAGAUUAACUGAACAUGACAUUUAGCAGCUGUGCGUAUAUGCACCAUGGGUCCAUUUUGAAAAAUAUCUGGGAAAUCAUAAAUGCUCUUGUGAACCAGAUCAGAUUUUGGAGGAUUACAUAGCUCUUGGGGAAGAUUUCAGAUGCAAGCAACAAUGUGGACAUUAUAUUUUUAAUUUCGUUGACUCACAAGAGUAAGUUCAUUGAUCACAGGCACAAUUAACUAAUAGAGAAAUGCAGAUGAUAGUGUAACAGUAGUGAAUUCCCAUUUUCUGCAAGUUUUUAUGGAAGAAAGUUUAGCGAAUAUAGAAAUUUUGCUAUAACGAGUCAUAAUCGUUCUUGUAACUUGUUUUCAAUGGAUUGAAAUCUUCAAAUUGUAGCUGGUGCAUAGUUAGGCUUUGUAAUAGCACAUGUUCCCCUUGGUGCACUAUUUCCAGUGCGUAAUGUAAAUGAGGUGUGUUCAGAAGACUGUGGCUGCUGCUGGCAUUCAUUAAUAAAACAAGCGAUACUGCACAUGUCAUCGCCAUAAAAAAAAUGUAGCCAUUUCCAUGCUUCCCUUUUUAGAAUGAGAUGUAACAAUCAUUUGUCGCUUUGCUGCAUUGAAAUUGCAUUGGAUUACAUUCUGGGAGGUGAUAUAUUGGAAUAAUGCUCUAAAUGGUGCCAAACCAGUGUUUCUUUGGGGUUUCUCAGAAUUGGCAGACAUUUUACUGGUAGACACUUCACCAUGCAUUUAGGUUAAAACUGAAAAGCUCAGUGAUAUCUUCAACCCAGUACACUUUGACUGGAGAAGGUUAUAGUUAAACAAGUAUCAGAGGAGUGUUCUGCUGUGCUGUCUUGAACUGAAGUGGUCACAUUUGGGUGUACUUUUGCUUGUGUUGACACUCUUUUGAGGCCCAUUGUCACAGGGCUGUUAUGUUAUGGUCUAGUCAUGUGUGGAAAUUUUUGUGUAUACAUCUCUCAUCAUAUGCAUAGUCAACAGAACCAUUAUUUUCUUUUUUUGAAUGCUGCCAACUCAUCAGGGUGUCCCUUAUGAAGACAGGUGCACAUUUUUUACAGCAACCCUUCCCCCUCAAAAAAAAAAAAAGAAAAAAAAGGCAAGCAUUUCUUAUUGCGUGUUGUUGGGAUGCUAUGGCAGUGUUACCAGCUCUUCCAAAGCAUCAAAUUUGACUAUCAGCCCUUCAGGAAGAGUUGGUAAUAGCAAGGUGCCUGGUAUGCAGGUAGUGCUUCCAAUGUCCUUUCUGUAUUAUUAUAUUGUUUGUGGCAGAGCCUGAGUUCAUUUUUAUUACUGUGUUUUGCUACGGAGUGUAUUCUGGGACUACAUGAGUGUGUUGUUCAAACAAAGGUGCGUAUCAAAUUGCAAAUGCCUUGACUGUAGCAGUAGUUCGAGUGCUCUGGCUGCCUUAGUAAGCAGUUACAGCCAGCAUUCAAGUCUCGGAGAAGAUUAAGAGCCAUUCUGCACAGAUCUAGCAUGUCUGCACAACCCACACACACAGUAACCUUUCUUUUUUCUGUAUCUGUAUGACAAAAAAAAAGCUGCAUGUCCAGGAAGUUGUGGGUACCUGCCAGCAUUACUGCUGCCAUCAUAAAAUUUGCUGCUUUUUCCAAGCAGUUUUUUUGUGAGAGUUGAAAACAGUUCAGGCAGUACACAUAGUGGCAUUAUUGUAGUUUUAAAGAAUUUUUGAAAGUGCAUGAGUAGAAGCUGUGCUUCGCUUCUUGACGUUCACCUCACAGCUUGUUUUCUUGUACAAUGAGGGAAAUUGAAGCAUCUUAUAAAGGAAAGAACAGAGUUGCAGAAAUAUAUGGUACUUAGUGUGAAGUUUGAUGGGCUCUUAAUUAAGCCUCUUAGUGGGAACAAGAGUAAUUGUCCUGCCUUACGUGCGUUUUGUCUGAUUUCUACAACUAUCCUUUAGGAAAAGUAUUUACCUCAUACCUCGAGAGUGCACAGUCCAUGUACCAUUGUUUUCGUUCCUUUCCGUAUAUAUAUAUUUUUUUACUGCAGUUAAAGUGUUUCAACUCAUGUUUAUGCUGCCUAGAUGGCUAUUGUGGUGGGGUGUUUUCUUUCAUUUCUUUUUCUUAUGUACAAGGUUUGGUGCAACUUGUGAUCUAGUCACCUAAGGGACUACAAAACAAUUUUUUUUUUUUUUUUUGUAAACAUUGAAGCUUCCUUAUAAUAGAAAAUUUUAUAUUAAAGGGCAACUCUGGCAUAUUUUAAUGAUGUUAGGAUAUUGUCAUCUUCAAAUGGCAUUGACAGUCCUGUCAUCAGCAGGGUGGUUGAAUUUGCUUAGAAAUUCAUCAAUAAUUUUAAAUAGGCAAUAAAUGAGAUACUGAAACCGAAACGGGUAGGUGCUUUGCAGGAUGUCACAAUAAGUCACUGAUGUCAUAUCCUACACUACCAUAAUGUAAACAUGCAGAAUGCAUGCUAAACGCACAGUACAUGUGACGCUAAUGCCAAAGAAGCAAAACUCUUCAUGUUUUCUGGCUACACAGGCAGCUUUUACAGAGUUUCCGAACUAGACAGCGGCGAUUAAAGCAACGAUUUCAGCGAUAGUGGCAGUGUAGUCUCUGAUGUCACAAACACAAGCUGUCCAGUAGAAAGUCAUGAAUUGGGAACGCAACCAAUCUUUAAAAUUCAAUUGUUUGGCCUUUAAAAUUCAAUAAAAUUCUAUUGAGAUCAGUGGACAUAAAAGAAUCGCCGGAGUUGCCCUUUAAGGGGACACAAGCAUUGGGGCCCUCUAUCUAAGAUUCUCUAAUAGGUGUGACCUUACUGACAAAUAAUUGACCUUUUCUUGUUGCAGUUAUUGUUUCAUUUUUGAGUAUAGUUAAAUCGAUCACAAAGCCAACCUUUGAGCUUAUGUCCUAAUGAUUUUCUCCUGCUUCAUAAAACUAAAUGUGCCAGGUCUAAUGGCGACAUGAAAAAUUAGGUGUAUCCUCAAAUUGCUGCACAGUAUUACGAAUCCUCAGCAGCCUCACACCUAUUAUGCCUUCUGCCUCAUGCCUGAUAAGCAUUGAACAUGAUCGGGAUGGACUUAUAUGUCCCCAUGUCACUGUAUUUACGCUGGAAAAUGGUUAUCUUGCAAGGCACCUUACUGCAUGCCAAGUCGUAACAAAUGCCUGGGAGGAUUGCCGAGCCUGUAAUCGGGGUAAGCUUUGGUGUACAAGUGGGUUUUGCCUGCAUAAACGCAGGAUAUAGUUGUACCAAUGAUACCAGGUGAGCUGUAUGGCAUUCAUCAUGGACCACAGGUAUUUUCACAGUUCAAAGUGUUUGCUUGUUGUGUUCAUUGGAACCAAUUGGCCAUCUAGGCCUGCUGAUGUCAGUUCAUUGAUCCAACCAAUAUCAGACUACUUGGACUUCGCAAUGUUAGAUAGCCUGUGAUAACUGUGCACCCGUAGGCAAAAGUAUAUGGAUCAUAGGCUCGUGCAAAAAACUAGAGCUAUUUGCAUUUCAGACGCACAAGCUGAAAUUGAUCGAGUGCGCUGGAAAGUUUACAAUGCCCAGUUCUGACCAAUCCUCAGUUUCAAGUUAAAUUCAUAGACAGGGAAGAAAAUCACCUUUAUUGCGGAAUUGCUGGUCUGAUAGUUUUGCUUAGUGGAGUAUGAUCCCAGUUUCCAUCAGCCAUUCGAAUACAAUUUACUAAUGCAAACCACAUACUUGUCCUUACCGCACAUGCAAAUUCUGUUUCUGAGUGCUCAAGUUAACAGUAUUCUUUUUCAUUUUGUCUGAAGCAAACUUCGGAAUAUUCACAAUUCUGAAGUUUUGCUGGUGACGCUAUUAUGACAUGGCUUCAACUGUACAGUUGUUUGUAAAAAAUUGCACACCUAUUUUCACCAUUAGUAUUAGCAAAUGCAGUUCUGUAUUUCUUAUCUGUGCUUCCUACACUUUGAUUGUUCUACGAGCUGUUCGGCUUGAUUUGUGGUGGCCACUUUUGUCAAACUUGGCAUAGCAGCUACGACUGGAUAGGACAUGAUCUCAGUGCAACUUCUACAGUUAUACUAGAAGACAUGAAUAAGCUUUAAUGCACUCAGAUUUCACUUGUGUCAAAAAUAACCAUGCUUUGGACAUGGUUGAACAGCUUUUCAGGUAGAUGAACAUACUAAAGUGAGCUUCACGGUUUGGUUCCUAUUCUGGAAUCUGGACAUUUGUAGAAAGAGCGCACGGUUGCUAAUCCCAGAAAAAAAAAAGAAAAGCUGUUUAGUGCAGUUUUAACUAUAACUUGGGUAACAAGAGAUAAAUUAAUGUAACCAAUAAUAUGGCUUUAGGAUAUGUCUGGAUGACCCGUGGCUCUUCAAGACACAUAUACCAGUAAUUUAAAGGCAUGAAAACUAUGUAGAGGAUCGAUGUAAUCUCUUUUUACAUGGUAGCGUUAUUUAUAGUAGUUAAUUGCUUGUGUCAAAUGGUGUGCGCUUGCGAGGCUGUUAACGUGUGCCACAGCAGGGUAGCCAUGAUGUUGAGCAGAGUUGACGGAGGAGCUAGCCCUUUAUUAGGCAGAGAUGACCACAAUUAUUGCAGCUGGGCUGAGUGGCCUGGAUGCAUUCUCUUCUUUCCAGUGGCUGGUGCGUAAAGUGAGAUUGAUCGUGUGCUAGAUGUGCAUCUGCUUUUCGCUGUAUUUAGGAGCCCUGCCAAGGUGUGCACCUAGCUUGUGCAAAAAGGUAUUAUACCUAUAUUUCUCAUGAAAUUUGAAGUGACAGAUGGCAGCCAGUAGUAUAAUUACUUUCAUUAGAAAGAUGCUCCAAAGAUUGUCAUCCUGCUUUGUCUUGCUUUCUUGUUCGUGCAUUAUUUUUGUACUUAUAGACAUGUUUUAUGUGUGCAGGCUUUUAUACCGCUAUUUGUAGAAAAAGCAUGGGUUCUUUGGCUCAAGAAAAUUCGUGGGCCUUUUUUCUUUUUUGUACAUUUGAUAAGUGUGCACAGUUUGCUGUGUACGUUAGUGCUUUAUAAGAACAGACUGGAGGAUUGUACUCUGCAAGUUGUGUAACCAUUUGUACAGUUUCUUAUUGUCAGCUUUUUAUACUUAAAUGUGUGAUAAACUGAAUUAUAGUGCGUGAAGGUUUGAUAAAGACAUACCACAUGAA